CAUGGCAUGUAAGAGACGGCAUUUAAAGCCUACUUUUUGGUAUGGAAAUGAUACAGGCUGGCACAUGCCACUGUCAUGUGACAACAAAAUAAUCAAACAGGUGUGCAUUUGGAUUGCACCUGAAUAUUUUGCGCACCAACCUCUUUCAGCCACUAGAUGGUAAACUACUUCCUUUAAAGGCCUUGUUAUUAGGUCUUGUCUCACACCCAUUAGUGAUUUCCCAUGGUGAUUGUGAUCAAAGUUUAUGGAUGAAGUUUUUGUUUCAUUACAUGUUUCGUUUCGUUCAAGUUAAUAAUCAUCAACAUGGGGGCGCCCAUUCCUGCACAAUUAGGGAUAACUAUUUCAAUUUUGUAUCCAGCCGUACUAAUUUGCAGUCACAGCCUUCUCAUUGGGGUGAGGAGGUUCAGAUAUUUCUGCAGUAUGCCAUGGACAUACAAGCUUGCUUAGUUACGGAUUAAGUUACUAUAAACCACAAUUAAAAACCCAGCUGGUGUUUACUAAAAGGGGGAGGGAGGGGCACUAGCACAUGAGUGAAAAGGAGAGAGAUACCAUAGCAGAUUUAAAGGAGAGAAGUAAGUGAGCAUGUGAGGGACAGGACUGAGAAAGAAUAGAACCCAGCUGACACAGCCUACUUUGUUAUUAGGUGUGUAUGAAUGGAGGCACUAUCGGACGCUGUACUGCAGAUAAAAGAAGUGGAGGCACAGAGUGGGAUAAGGGAUGCAGGGGAAAGGAGCUGGAAGAAUUUGGAAAGGAAGCCCUCAUCCCAAGAGGUUGCUGGACAGGAGAUCCCAGGAAACAAAAGGCAGUUUCAAGACCUUUCCCUUCUGAAUGGGGCUGGAACUUGUAAGAAAAGGAAUGCUGAAGAGGAGAUGGUACCUGCGCUAGUGCACAGGAGUGAGAAUUACAAGGAAGAGGAGAGGGAGAAGGUGACUGUGAUGAUGGAGCUAACAGGGCUGGUCCAGAAAGCUGUGAACGAGAGCAGCUGGUGGGAGAGACGGGGAAUCGAUGGUGCAAUACUCGCUGCAGCUUUCCUCUCCUUACCUGCAGGUUUCCUGUUGCUGAGUUGUUCUCACACCCUACUCUUCUCAUUGGGAAUCCUGGUCAUGGGGACGGCACACGCUGUUAUCACCAUAAAGGGGACUCACCUAGCCAGCCAUGGGUCGUUAAGCGAGUCCCAGGCUUGGGGCCGGUUCUGGGCCGUUUUCUUUAUUGAGCUGUGCGGCUCGUUCUCUGCGAGGGCGGGGGUGCAUGCUCACAUCAAGGUGCACCACGCCCACACCAACAUCAUUGGCCUCGGAGACUCCAGCACCUGGAAGCUUCCCUUCCUCCCGCGAUACGUCUACAUGUUCGUGGCCCCACUGGCUGUGCCCGUUAUCACCCCAGUGGUGGCACUUGGCCUCCUGAAGGACCUCUCCAUGGGUAUUGCAUUGCGGACGCUGUGCAUGAUCACGCUGGGUCUCUACUCCCAGUACUGGCUCCUACUCCACCUGUCAGGAUUCCAGUCCCCAGUCUCUGCCCUGCUCUGCAUGCUGCUGUGUAGAGCCGCCUUCUCCCUCCCCUACAUUCAUGUCAACAUCUUCCAGCACAUCGGCCUUCCCAUGUUCUCUGCCAGCCGGAGGCCCAGCCGACUACAUCAGAUGACACACGGGGUGCUGAAUUUACCCAGAAACCCUCUGCUCGACUGGACGUUCGGACACUCCCUCAUCAACUGCCACGUGGAACACCAUCUCUUCCCGUUCCUGUCUGAUCACAUGUGCCUGAAGGUGAAACCCAUCAUCUCACGCUACCUGAGAGAGAAGCGGCUGCCCUAUCAGGAGGACGGCUACCUCUCCCGCAUGUGCCUCUUCCUCAGGGAGUAUCAGGAGCUCAUGGUGUUGGCCCCGCCCAUCACAGAGCUGGUGGGCAUGCAGUGAAAAGGGGAGGGGCCAGGAGUCAGCCCCUGAACAUUCCAGCAGCUUCCAAUGUCUAACACUGUGGACUAGGACUCUAUAGUUCUGAGUAACACUAAAUCAAGACUAAAAAUGUGAGAUUAAAUAUCAAUCGUUGCUGAAUAAUGCAUGGGCAAUAUUUGCAAACUGUAUUUGUUAUUAAUCUAUUGUUAUAAUCUAUGAUUAAGCAUUAAUUAUAGACUAUUAAACAUCGUCUAUAAUUCUAAUACGAGGAAGAAACAGACUACUCACAAGCUCCCCAUCUAUUAUAUCAAAUGAAACUGCAAUAAUGGAACACAAUGCAACAGAAAAUAACACUGAGCUAGCAAUGUGUUAUUAUGUGCUAAAAUUGUAUGUAUGUAUGUAUGUAUGCAUGCAUGUAAGUAUGUCUGUAUG